AUGCUCAAUCAAUUCGGCAGCGAAAGAAGCAGCAGCAACAGCAGCAAAAACAGCAGCAGCAGCAAUAACAACAGCAGCAACAGCAGCACUAGCAACAACAGCAACAGCAGCUGCAGCAGCAGCACCAGCACAAGGACCAACAGCAGCAGCAGGAUCAUCGGCAACAGCAGCAGCGCCAACAGAAGCAGCAGCACCACCACCAACAGCAGCGCCAACAGCAGCAGCAACAGCAGCAACAGCAGCAGCAACAGCAGCAGCAACAGCAACAGCAGCCGCAGCAGCAGCAGCAACAGCAGCAACAGCAGCAGCAGCAGCAACAGCAACAGCAGCAACAGCAACAGCAGCAGCAGCAGCAGCAGCAGCAAGAGCAACAGCAAGAGUGGAGAUUACGAGAAGAGCUGCUGCCCAUCAGUGGGAGGAGGAGAACUGCAGCAGCAGCAGCAGCAUCAACAGCAGCAGCAGCAGCACAAACAGCAGCAGCAAGAAAAGAGCCAUGAGAAACAGACGCAACAGCAACAGCAGCAGCAGCAGCAGCAGCACAACACCCGAUACAACAGGAGCAGCAACAGCAGCAGCUACAGCAACAAUAGCAACAGGUAA